AUGGAUCAAAUAAAAAAUGAGCCAUACUUUUGGUGGCCAAACAAGAUGAGGGGUGACUCGUCAAGGAAAAAUCAGAACCUGUACUAUACUUACCAUAAAGAUAAGGGGCAUAACACCGAACUAUGUAGGGUGUUAAAAGAUCAUCUAGAGCAGUUAGUAAAGGCGGGGUAUUUGAAAGAAUUUGUAGUGGACCCGAGAAAUCAGGAAGCCAGGCCGGGUACUCGACCUCGAGGGAAUCCUCUCCCACUCUCAUUGGGAGUGAUAGAAGUCAUCUACGCAGGUUCAAGGGGUACCUUGGUGUCCAAGAGGAGAGGGGUAUUGGCCAUGGUGCCGCCAGAAGGUUGCCCAGGCGAACAACCUUCCAAAAGGAAGUUGAAGUUCACUCGGGAGCCUAUUGCCUUCAAUGACGACGAUUUAAAAGAAACGAUUCAAUCGUACGACGAUACCUUGGUGGUUACAGCCCGGAUAAAUGGUUUCAUAGUGAAAAAGGGUAUUGAUAGAUCAGGGGAGUGGUGCUAA